AUGCGGGCGCGGCGCGCGGAGCGAGCCCAGUGGGCGCGGUGGGCGUGCGCGCUGGCGGUGUGCGCGUGCACCGCGACUCGCGCCGCGCCCGCCGACCCGCAGGCGUCCGCGCCCGAUGCAGCACCGCCUGACGCUUCCCUUGCUACCUCGCCUGAAUCCUGCGAAACGCUGCUGCUGCGUAACCCACCACCUAAACCACCUAAUGUGGUGGAGUACGAGGCUGCCGCAUAUCACGCAGCUCGGGCGCUGUCCGAGCUGGUAGAGCGGAAUAUGGCGGACGAGGCGGCGGCGGCGACCAUGGCGCGCAAAGUGGCGCGUACGCCUCUUACGCCGCCACCCGCCGCCGUCGCGCUGGGUGCACCGCAACUACACAUCGGCGUGCUCUACAUCGCGCAACCGCCACGUCUUGUUGUCUUUCAGCAAAACAAUUCAGUGUCACUGCAGCAGUUUUGGCGUACACUAGCUUCCGCUUGGAACGUCAGCACAGUAGUUUGGUCCGGUGCAUGGUACUCGUGUGAAGAUUUUAGCUGGUGGGGUGGCACCGCCGCAGCACGAGGUGCUUGGCCCGUGCGCGCCGCCGCCGCGCUUUUUCGUCGCAUCCCAGCGCUGCCCUGCGAGGAGGCUAUGUACGAUUGGCUCGGCGGGUCUCCGCUCUGCGACCCAGCAUCGACAGAUUGUGAAGCUAUUACUAACUUGGAUACAGGAGAAAAAAGACUGGAGUACCGGUGCCGUUGUAGCGCCGGCCACUGGCGCGCGGCGGGUGAAGGCUGGUCCCACGGCGCGACCUUGGCGGCCGCAGGAGAGCCACUGGCGUGUGUAGCGUGUGACGCAAGCGGCGCCGGUGGCAGCGCAGGCCUGCGUUGCCUGCCCGACGUCUACCGUGCAGCGCUACUCGCUGCAAAUUUCACUGGCUGUCUACUGUGUCUCGUCAUUGCGCUUAUUAUUUUUAAGAAACGAAAAUGCAAAGCAGUUGCAAUGGGUAUGUGGACAGUGCUAGAGGUGGUACUACUUGGCGCGCUCCUUAUGUAUGCAUCUGCGGCGUCCCAAUACAUAUCGUCAUCGCGCUGGCGUUGCAUCGCGGGGGCGUGGCUCCGCGAGCUAGGAUUCGUAGCGUGCUAUGGCUCCGUGGUGCUACGGCUCUGGGUUCUCUUAGCUGAAUUCCGCACCAGAAAGGCCCAUCGGUGGACGCCCAGGGACUCAGAGGUGUUGCGAGUGGUAGGCGCAAUGGUGCUUGGCGCGGCGUGUUAUCUAGCAGCAUUUACAGCUACGGCAGCAUGUGAUGCGGGGGAGGGUGGGGAGGGGGGUGCAGGCACGGGCAGCUGCGCGCGUGCCGCGUGGCACCAUGUCACGGCUGCCGCGGAGCUGCUGCUGCUCGCUGCAGGCAUGCGGAUUGCGUACGCUGCCAGAAAUGCCAACGUGCCGUUCCAGGAACGUGGAUGGCUAACUGCAGCGCUCAGCUGCGAGGCCCUAUGCGGUAUGGCGUGGCGCUGUGCGGCGUUGGUGGGUGCGGCGCCAGAACGCUCACCACUGGCCGCCACGGCGCGUGCGCAUCUCUCUUCUGGCGCAGCGCUUGCUUGCGUGCUCGCGCCAAGACUCUGGCACGGGUAUAGAGCGCGAUCGUUAGCUCAAGAGGUGUCUCGUAGAGGUCCAGCUGAAGGUUUCGGUGCAGAAGGCGAGGAAGAACCUACACAGGAGGAGGUUAGAGCUGAAUUGAAGAGGCUUUACAUCCAGCUGGAGAUCUUGAGGAACAAGACUUUGCGAAGAGACAAUCCGCAUAUAAGCAAGCGUAGAGGAGGACGCAAGCCGCCGCAUAGACGAUUUUCUCUGCAGAAAAAGGGCAGUCGCGACAAGGCUUUACAAGCAAGACGAGGCGGGAAAGGCAAAGCCGGCGGCAGCGCUAGUGCUGUCGAAGCGAGUGAAGUAUAUGAUGCUUCCAGAACCCCUGAGGACUCGGUUUGCUCUAACGAGGGGCCCUCUCACUAUACGGAUGGAGACACUCAGGCAUGAUUGGGGAGUCCGCCUGGCGGGAACUAUAGUGAUGUUUAUGUUUGACGCCAAGAACAGUCUAUUGUCUGAUGCGGAAUAAAUGGUAACCUAGGGGGAGAUGAAGCAUUUGGUCGCAAACGUAACAUCAGUGGUACGUGUGAGGUGGAACUUUCAAAUUGACGUGUAAAAAGAGAUUUCUAAUACAUUUCUGGUUUAAAAACUUUUGUUAUUGGUGAUCCAUGUACUUACUCAUAAUAUAUAAUAUGGACCCGUUUGUGAUCCCAAUGUUUGUAGACACCUGAAAAUGGUUAUUGUUACUUCUGUUAGCAUGCUUCAGUAAGGUCAACAAUGUGUUUUACAUUCCUGGUACGGUUCCAUACCUAGACAUCAUCUCAUGGAUUAUUAACAUGUACUAUGUAAUACUAAGGCACUGCUAAAGCAUGCUAAUACACAAAAUCCUUGGUAUAAUAUAGCCACAUGUGAUCAAAAGUGCUUUUUCAUC